AUGGGCCUCGGCUUCCCUUACGAUGUAACUGUGGACAAACCGCUGACCUCACCCACUGAAUGGCCCAGGAGGGACGGCCUUGAAGUCAAUCACUCUUCUUCGAUGGCUCAGGGGCCGUAUAUGCUCAUCCGCCAAAAGGCCGAAAUGGACAUGAUAGAACGUUUCUACUAUCUGAAAUUUAGGAUGGAUGAGAAGGGAGAAGAAGCGGAAAAGCUCAAGCUGGAAUUUCUGACCCGCCGCGUCCUCAUGCACAGGAGGGCUCGGUUUUUGGAUAUAUACCGAGGAUUUGUCACAGGACACCUUGACUUGACUGGUCGCCAUGAAUCUCGUUGGAACGAGUUCAUCGACAGCUUCGAGGAGUUCAUGAUUGACUUCGCCCGUAUUGCCCCCUUCGUUGAAAAGGCGAUAGGUAAACCGGGGUCUCGCGUCCAAUAUACAGUCCAGCAGGAACGUCAAGAAUUGUAUCGCGAAUGGACUCAGAGGUGGGAUGUCCAGGAUUUCGAGGCAAAGAUUGUGCUUGGCCACUAUCUGGCGAUCUACAAUCUAUCGUUAAAGAAGCCGCAACCCAAGUUUCAAUCCCUCACCCUUGUUGACCUCCCUGAAGAUAUUCUGGUUUCUAUCUUUGACCAUUGCACCGUUUCACAGCUAGUUUCCCUUUCUCAGACGUGCACCGCGCUCCGAUGGGCCCAGGAUCAUUGUCACGAGAGCUGCGAGUUCCGCUUCAGCACAUCCGAUGAAAAAUGGGCGCUUCAAGGAGAUCGUUCCCACCUUGCUGCUCGAGUGGGCCCCUACGCUUCCAAGUGUUCGAUGCGAUCGCUAAAGGACAUUAUCCAUUACAUCUCUCACCGCGAGAAAUGUCGAAGGCUGAAAAGCCUUCUCGUGGAUUGGAGUUGGACGAUUGAUCCCGACGCAGAACUCCACGUGGUAUUGGACGAGGUGUUUCAAGACGGACUGUUCAACCUUCUCUAUAAACAUCUCCGCCGUCUCCUCGACCCCUCCGUCUUGCCACAGCUGACCUCCCUCUCCUUGGAGCGUGUCUACCUGGAUGCAACAGGAUUCAGGGGGAUCUGUUCGCUGCCGCAGCUGCGAUCCCUGUCAUUCUCGCGCUGCAGUUUGUCCGGGCCGGAGAUCACGGAAUGGUUUCUUGAAAGCGACGAGGCUCCGUUCACCUCUCCGGUGGUGAACCUUCACCUCCGAUUUGGCCCCUGUGACAACCCUCCAGCCAACCAAUGGUUGCUACUUCCCUUCUUCCCCAACGUUCGCAAUCUGUCUUUCGGCGGAUUCCGCUGGCAAGGGGCCGUUCAUUUCCCUCCCGCGUUUCUCCACAGCAAAUUCCGUUGUCUCGAUGUUCUGGAGCGCCUAUUCGUCAAGGAGAUUGCCGAGUCCAGCGUACCGCUUCUCGCGGAAUGGCUGCAAAGCCGUCGUUCCGCUCAUUCAGGCAAUGCCGGAGACAAACUAACUUACUUCAAACUCAGAAACCAGAUCCAUAUCCAGGAUGAACCGAUGCAGCAGCUUCUUGUCUCGCUUCAGUCUGAGCGGUUGGAAGCGCUCACCAUCGAUGGUGUCCAUUAUAGGACCGCACAACCUCGCAUGAUUGAGGAUAUCGCUCGGCUAUGUCCGAAUAUCCGCGCCCUCAAACUCAUCGUACGCGCUAACGGCCUCCAGCAAUGGGCUCGGCCAGUCGCCUGGCCCAAACCUUCAUGGGCAUAUGCACCGACAUUCGAGGGAUUUAAUCGAUUGCAACACUUCACCUGGAAUUACAACACCCCAGUGCACGAGUCGACACCUUAUCCGUUGGAAAUGUUCGAACGAGCGGCUUCCGGGAGCGACACGGAUACUUCAUUUGAAUGGGAAUGUGUAGAUGAAGACGACCUGGACUUUAACGACUUCGAGCGCAGCGUCGUGCCGUUCGCGGUCUACUGCCCGACGCUAAAGACAUUCGCGCUGGAAUAUCACGAACCUCUUUGUGAGGUGAUUCGAGAAAGAGGUGGCGAUACAAGCGGAAUUGAUAAGAUACACGUGCAUUGUGUGGACUCGAAGCGAAGGGAGGAGCUGUUGGCAGAGAACCCGGAUUCUUCACUAGAGGUUGAAUAUGGCUGGCCUGACCUUUGA